CGGGCGUGCGCGCGGCAUUGAAAUGCCCUGCACGUCGGGGUGGCGGGACAGAGCCCAGGGCUCGCGCACAGGCUCCCGGCCUCCCGCUCAGCCCCCCGCAGCCAUGGCUGAGAACUCUGACAAAGUUCCCAUCGCCCUGGCGGGACCCGAGGACGUCGAGUUUUGCAGCCCUCCGGUGUACGCCACGGUGACCGUGAAGCCCUCCAGCCCUGCGCGCCUGCUCAAGGUUGGAGCCGUGGUCCUCAUUUCCGGCGCUGUGCUGCUCCUCUUUGGGGCCAUCGGAGCCUUCUACUUUUGGAAGGGGAGCGACAAUCACAUUUACAAUGUCCAUUAUAGCAUGAGUAUCAAUGGGAAAUUACAAGAUGGGUCAAUGGAAAUAGAUGCUGGGAACAACUUGGAGACCUUUAAAAUGGGAAGUGGAGCAGAAGAAGCAAUUGAAGUUAAUGACUUCCAGAAUGGCAUCACAGGAAUCCGUUUUGCUGGAGGAGAGAAAUGCUACAUCAAAGCGCAGGUGAAGGCUCGCAUUGCCGAGGUGGACCCUGUGGCCAAGCAGAGCAUCUCCUCUGAACUGGAAGGCAAGAUCAUGCCAGUUAAAUUUGAAGAAAAUUCUCUCAUCUGGGUGGCAGUGGACCAGCCUGUAAAGGACAACAGUUUCUUGAGCUCUAAAGUCUUAGAGCUCUGUGGAGACCUUCCUAUCUUCUGGCUUAAACCCACAUACCCAAAAGAUAUCCAGAGAGAAAGAAGAGAAGUGAUAAGAAAAAUUGUUCAGACAACUACAAGAAGACCAAGUAAUGGACCUUGGGGUAACUUGGGCCCUGGAAGACCACAUAAUGAGACCAGACCCAAUAUUCAAGAGGACUCAGAACCCUUCAACCCAGACAAUCCUUACCACCAGCAGGAAGGUGAGAGCAUGACAUUUGACCCUCGACUGGACCAUGAAGGUAUCUGCUGUAUCGAAUGCAGGCGGAGCUACACGCACUGCCAGAGGAUCUGUGAGCCCCUGGGGGGCUUUCAGCCAUGGCCGUAUAAUUAUCAGGGCUGCCGCUCAGCCUGCAGAGUUGUCAUGCCGUGCAGCUGGUGGGUGGCCCGCAUCCUGGGCAUGGUGUGA